AUGGAGAGGUGGAAGGUAGGGUUUGGGGGAGCUGAGCAAGACUGGGAAUGCACACCAGAGCUCUUCCAACAAUGCCAGCAAUUCAUUGACAGCCAGCGUGUUAUCCACAGGUAUUUCCUUUCCCGAGCCUAUGCCAUUGCCAUCCGACUAGUUGCUGGCCUUCUGCUGCUCCUGUUUGUGGGAGUGUUCAUCACCUAUGUAAUGCUAAAGAACCAGAAGGUGACCAGGAAGGCUCAGUGAGGGCCCAGGGAGGAUGACAUUGCUGACCCCUUCUCUGGCACCCCUCCAGGGCAUACCAAGGGUGGGGUCCCACAGGACUUGUCCAGGCAUUGCUGCCCCCUUGAGCAUGACUGCCCUGGAGAUGCCCCUGAGGGAUGGAGCCAUUCACAUUUGACUGACCAGAACCCUACUCCUCCCCUGCUCACUCUUCCAGAGCCAGGACCUGGAGGUCUCCCUCUCUCCCUCUUCUGGCUUAGGGUCUGAAAGAUGCUUGUUUUCUCUACCUCACCUUCAUAUCCCGUUACUUUUUCCUCUGGGUCGUACCCUCUUGCCUCAAUUUCCCUCGUGUUACUUGCUGAUGUUUGGAAUUGGUAGCUUCCGAGAUAUCACCUGGCUCGUCCCCACAUUUCCUUUUCCUCCAUGAAGAUAGCUUUCCCAGUUCUGACAUAGCCUGGGACCUCACAGAACUUCUGGAUUUGAAAAGCCUAGGUAAAGGACUGACAGGCCUUGGAACCAGCACCAGUCCCUAGGGCACAUUAAAAUGGUAACAGCAGGCCCUCAGACCCACUUUUCAUGGAGGCCCAGCCCAUCAGCCCCUAGUACUGGCCUAUUGAGGAGAUCUGGACAAUAAACAUGGAUGGUGUGUUUAAAAAGAAAGAAAAUUACAACAAACACAAUUACCAGCAACUGAAUCUAAAAAACAAAAACUAAGCAAACAACUAGGACAGGAAUAGAAUCAGAG